CCCGUUCCCAUACUGCAAAACAAAAGAACUGCGCACACAAGCACACAAGCCUAUUUUGUACAUCCUGAUCAUCCCUCUCAUUAACCCCUCCUUUUAAACUUUAUUCUCUCAGAAAAGGCUAUCAUGUGUAACCCAAAUCCAUCUGCUCCCAAGAAAACCCAUUCCGUAAAUCUCAAUCAAUCCACGGAUCUUCAGCUUGAUGACGAAGAACUUCAAAGGUGGCCAACUCCUCCUGAGGCCUUGGAAGAAAUCAAAGCCAUCGGGAAGAUCUCAGGCCCAACAGCCAUCACAGGUCUACUUCUAUAUUCAAGGGCCAUGAUCUCCAUGCUUUUUCUUGGCUAUCUUGGAGAACUUGAGCUCGCUGGAGGAUCUCUCUCUAUUGGCUUCGCCAACAUCACCGGCUACUCUGUUAUCUCCGGUUUGGCCAUGGGAAUGGAACCCAUCUGUGGACAAGCUUACGGUGCCAAACAAUGGAAGCUUCUUGGCUUAACUUCUCAGAGGACAGUCCUUCUACUCCUCUCCACCUCCAUUCCCAUCUCUUUCAUGUGGCUAAACAUGAAGAGAAUCCUCUUGUGGUGCGGCCAAGACGAAGAAAUAUCUUCCGUGGCCCAUUCUUUCAUUCUCUUCUCCAUUCCAGACCUCUUCUUCCUUUCUCUACUUCAUCCUCUUAGAAUCUAUCUAAGGACUCAAAGCAUCACAUUACCAUUAACUUACUGUUCAGCCCUCUCUGUUCUCCUUCACGUCCCCAUAAAUUUCCUUCUAGUCUUCCAUUUCAAGAUGGGUAUUGCAGGGGUUGCCAUAGCAAUGGUCUGGACCAAUCUCAAUCUCUUCCUCCUACUUUCUUCCUUCGUAUAUUUCUCCGGUGUGUAUAAAGACUCGUGGGUGUGUCCGAGCAUGGAUUGCCUUCGAGGUUGGUCGUCUUUGCUCGCCCUGGCGAUCCCAACUUGCAUCUCCGUUUGCCUUGAAUGGUGGUGGUACGAGUUCAUGAUAAUGCUGUGCGGUCUUCUAGUCAACCCGAAAGCAACCAUUGCAUCCAUGGGAAUCCUCAUACAAACGACCUCUCUAGUCUACGUCUUUCCCUCUGCUCUUAGUCUUGGAGUUUCCACAAGAGUUGGGAACGAACUCGGCGCAAAUCGCCCAGCUAAAGCCAGAAUUUCCAUGAUUGUUUCACUAGUUUGUGCAAUCGUUUUGGGCCUCAGUGCCAUGCUGUUCACAACCUUGAUGAGGCAUCAGUGGGGUCGAUUCUUCACAAGCGACUCUGAAAUUCUCGAACUUACUGCAAUUGCAUUGCCAGUCGCCGGGCUAUGCGAGCUUGGAAAUUGCCCACAAACCACCGGCUGUGGAGUUUUGAGAGGGAGCGCAAGGCCAACUACUGGGGCAAACAUCAAUUUGGGGUCAUUUUAUUUGGUGGGUAUGCCUGUGGCCAUCUUCUUGGGGUUUGUGGCGAAAAUGGGGUUCGCCGGGCUGUGGCUGGGCUUGCUUGCGGCACAGGCAUCCUGUGCCCUGCUCAUGAUGUAUGUCCUCUGCAGAACAGAUUGGACGGUUCAAGUAGAGAGAGCAAGAGAACUCACACAAACAUGUACCAAAUCUUCUCCAGCUUUGCCAAUAUCAUCAUCAACACCAGAGUCAAACACCAAGAAAUCCAUCAGCAGUAAGGCUAAUCUUGAAGAGAUACUCUGCGUUGGUGAUGAGUUUGUGAAGUCAACCUCACCUGAAACAGACCCUCUGAUCUGUACUAGACAAACCGUGCAUUGAGGAAAUUUUCACCUCCCCAUUUUUGACACUCCCCCCCCCCCCCCC